AUGGUUAAGACUGCUGUAGGGAAGGCAACCCGAUCUGUAGCAGGAGAUCUGUAUGAUAGAUAUAUAAGGCAUGGUUUAUUUGAUGAGCUUGGGGAAGCACAGCGGGAAUUAGUUUAUCUACACAGUCCUUCUCCUUUUGUGAAAAUUGCACGAGCAUGGCAGACUGCUUUUGCAUAUCAAAUGCGAGCUGCACGACUUCCAGAGUCCUGGAAAGCAGCAGCAGCAGACUUGCACAAGCGAUUAGGAGGUAAGGGCAAUUUGCUGCUUUCUUUACCUCCUGGUGGCCGCAAAGGAAGAGAUAUGAAUAUGGGGUACGAUUCCCAUCCAGAUCUCUUAAAAUCUCUUGCUUCUAUUCGACGAGUAGCCUCUACUAAACCUUGUCCUGAUCAUAAGAAAUAUCUAUUAAGGGCUUUAAUGGUAAAUGGUGUUACUCCAGGUGAUAUUAUCCGUGCUACAGGAGCAAAGAAAGAUCUCGGGGCUCUUGUUGUUUCUCUUGAGAGUAUGGUUGAGGCAGAGCAGGAAGCAUUAAAAGACUUUGAAGAUAACUCUGUGGAAAAUAUACUUAUUGAUAAAGACGGUGACGAACAUGUACCUGCAACAAAGCCUCUUGAAUUAAAAGAAGAACUAGAGGAAUUCCUUGCUACAGAACAGUUUAUUCAUCCGGCUGAAGGAGAGUCUGGAGAUGAAGGAGAAAAUAGCAUGAAACAGUUAAGCGAAGCAGCAAUUACAAUGUUUAACUCUACAAGCACAGAUGAAGCAAAAGCUUUCCUUGAUCGUGUGCGAGCUGUGCUAGGAGCAGGAAGCAGCGUAAAAACAGAGCGCCCGGAAUUACCUUUUCUAGACUUUCAGGGUGCGAUGGAGGCAGCCAAAGAGGAGUUAAAGGCAGAGAUGGAGAAGAACCCUCAUAGUGCUCCUCUUACGAGCGAUAAAACAGCAGACAGAAGCGAACAAGCAGAAGAAGCUCUAGCAAUAGUUCGUGGGGGUGGGCUGCGAGCGGGGUCCCUCUUCGCGCCGGAAGAAGAAAAGAAGGGGAAAAGCAAGUAA